UAAAGGGACUAAGCCAAAAAGAAAAUGAAUGAAAGAAUGAUUUCUCUCAUUGGUUAAUUAAUGUCUAUUUUGUUUGGUCUCUGAUCUCUUAGCAGAUACAGUGAGUGAGGCUUAUAAUGCAUUUGUCUUUUGUGAUGUACUGGAUUUAUUAGGGAAGCGUUUGUUAAUACUUGUUUUUUAAAAGAUCUGAUAAAACUUCCUCCUAAAGUUCCCCCAAUGUUCUAAAAAUGUUGGACAAAAAAUGUCAUUUAAAUUCAAUUAAAAAAUUACCCCAAUGCUGGGUUUGUCCACAUUUGACUCAACGUUGGGUUAAUACAACCCAGCAUUUAGCAUUUUCAGUCUAGUAAAUAUUUUGACUUCUAGUGGUCAGAUGCAAUUUAAUCAAUAGAGAUAGAGACAUGUACAUAUGCUCAUCUAUUAUUUUAAAUACUGUGCAAUUACUAUGAAUAUGUAUUUAAUCAUGUUUAUAAGCUGUUAUUAAUAUUGUUAACACAAUGAGCAGGAAAAUGGAUUACCGUGAAAAUUUAAAACAAAAAAAGUCUAAGAACAUAAUCUACCGGUGACUUUAUAUUUGAAGCUGUCACCAGGGGGCGCUACAGUAUAAUGCUUGUUUAUUGUAUUAUAACCACAAACACAUUGUUUUAACGAAAGGAACGUUCAUGUUUAUUGCACUUUCUAGCAUAUUUAUCAAGUAAUUAAUUUAUAAGAGAUUAAUAAGUAAAGCAGACUUCAACGUUUAAAGUAAAUAGCUUACAUUGACGUUGCAAAUAUGGUGCAUAAUAAUGGCAUAUCUCAAUGCAAAUUUUGGCACGUCUGACCAAUGAAUAGACCGAAGGAGGUGCACAUGGUUGAGUUCAUAGACUGUAAAAAAUAGGUUGUCUCGCUUUCUCACAGCAAACAAGACGAGCAUUGGUGAUAUUCUCAAACUUCACUGUACAUUUGUCCUGUAACAUAGACAGGUUUACUGGGAAGCAUGCAUAUCCAGGACCAUGGUAUCGAAGAUGUUCUUGAAAUGUUCGCUCUUUAGUUUAUCCCAUAGGAAGAAUCAACAUGGGAAAGCUGCAAUCAAAACCUGCAUGUAAACGGAGAGAAAACCCUGAAGGAGAUGCUUUUAAGGAGAUUGACUGUAGUGGUGAAUCGGACAGAAACAAGCAGGGAUGGAACAACGAGGCAACGUUCAUUCACAGAACGCAAGUUUCUGGAGGGCACACAAAUCUGCAGAAGUGAGAGCAGAUACGAAGGAGCAGAGCCAGAGGUCACUUUGUAAGCAAACAUCAGAGCUUUGAAUUUUAUGCGAGCAGCAACUGGCAGCCAGUGCAAACGGUCCAAAUAGGAAAUUCACAGAAAUUCACAUCCCAAAGGUGCUCUAUUGGAAUGAGAACUGGUGACUGUGGAGGCCAUUUGAGUAGUGAACUCAUCUUCAUGUUCAGGAAACCAGUCUGAGAUGAUUCACACUUUAUGACAUGGCGCAUUACCCGGCUGGAAGUAGACAUUAGAAGAUACACUGAAGGUACACUGAAAGGGAUGGACGUGGUCAGCAAUAAUACUCAGCCUAUAAAAGCACCAGAGUCGGUGUCAACGAUCAUCACAUCAGAGUCCAUGUUUUACAAGGGCAUCUAUUAUCAAAUAGGAGAUGUCAUUAAAGUGAUAGACGAGGAUGAUGGUAAACCGUAUUACGCACAGAUUCGGGGCUUCGUCCAGGAUCAGUACUGUGAGAAAAGCGCUGCGUUAACUUGGCUGAUCCCAACACAGGCCAGUCCUCGAGAUCGAUUCGAUCCAAGCACGUACAUUGUUGGCCCUGAAGAGGACUUGCCGAGAAAAAUGGAGUACCUGGAGUUCGUCUGUCAUGCCCCGUCAGAAUACUUUAAAUCAAGGAGCUGCCCGUUCCCCACAUUACCAGUUCGCCCAGAGAAAGGCUACGUCUGGACUCAUAUAGGACCAACUCCUGCUGUGGCCAUCAAAGAGACUGUAGGGUGACGUUAAUCAUAAAAACACUCCACCUUCAGACUGAACUCAACCUUUUAUAUUCACCACUGUUUCACAAACACUGCUUUCAUGCUCUGAUUAUGAUAUUGGCCUUUAAAUAUUUUGGGAAAUUUAAAUGUACAGAAUAUUUGAGUAGAGCCUCAGAAACCCUGAUUUGUCAUCGAAAACAGAAGCCACUAUAUAUAUGUAUAUAGGUCAGCCAAUGGAAACUAGAAUCUGCAAAUACAAAGUUCAUUUGUAGCCCAUUCUGAGAGUUGGUAAUAUUGUAAUAUUAUUAUCAUGCAUAAAGUCAUUCAACCCGUUUUGUACUGCCAAAUGUCUCUUCUGAGUUUCCAGAAAGAUUCGCCUAAAAGCAGAUUCCAGCAUUUGAUUUAAUUUGAUCUGAUGGAGGAAAGUAUUUUUGCAUCAGUCUUAUUGAGUAAAACAAUAAUGUGUUCAGUUUUAUGAUUGUUUUAGGAUCUUUAAAGGUCAUUCUUGAACUUGGGACAUCAUCCCAAUUUUUGUAGUAUUUUGAUUUUAACAUGGAUCAAAUCUUCAUCCUCGAGUAUGGCAUUACUCAUUUUUAUCUAUCGAUUUUAGCUUCAUCAACAGAGUCUAGAAUUGGAGGAAUGGUUCUUUAUUUGCAGAGACCUGUCUAUUACAAUUGGCACUGUAAUAAUGUAAUGAUAAUUCUGUCUGUCCAAAAGUAUUAAAUAUAGAUCAUUUCAAAGACAUAAGGAAGAUGAUCGUGCAGCUCUGCUUGUCAUUGAGAGCCUCAGACAAAACUGGUGUAGAUUUGAUAGGAAAACCACCCAGCAAACAAUUUUGUGUUUAAUGGACAUCUAAUAGACAUGUAAACGUAGACAGUUUGGCUAAAGUUGGGCUGUCAGUGAAAAUCUAAUAGACAUCUAAAACAGCCCAAAACUAGACUAGUGGUCAAAUAGACAGAUU